UUCUAUUUUACUUAUUAAUCACAACGACGUCGUUUAUCUUAUGCUGUUCUACUUCUAUGACUCCUACAUUCGCACCCGGAGCAUCAGCCCAGCUUCCCUGCGCCGCAUCCUAUCUCGCCAUAUGAUAAUCUUCGACUCUCUCUCUCUGCGACGGCCGGCCGGCCGGAUUGCUUUUGAUAACUCCCGCAGGAUUGCUUUGGAUAACUCCCGCAGGUGCACGAAGCGUGACUCUGGUAAAUUCCCGAAGAUUCUUAUAUACUUGUUGAGUGCUGGAACUUGAAGUUGAACUGUCAUCAUAUUCCCCUUUCACUGCAAUGGAUCCUAAUGGUUCUUUUGAUGAAAAGAGUGAAAGUAGAAUCUACAUUGGUAACCUUGAUCUGAGAAUAACGGAGGCUGCUCUAAUUAAGAUGUUUUCUCCGUUUGGGAAGAUUAUAACCGAGGACUUUCUGUGGCACACACGUGGCCGAAAGCGCGGAGAGCCACGGGGUUUUGCUUUCAUCUAGUAUAGCAGCAAAGAGGAAGCAAGAUUGGCCAAGGAGAAGAUGCAUGGGAGACUAGCAUGUGGACGCCCGCUGGUUGUCCGCGUUUCCAGUGACAAGUACUUGGUAGAACCAGCAGAGAAUUCUUCCAAAGGAGUGGGCGAGGCCACCAAAACGAGCGCUUCUGGCACUAGUUCAGGACAGAUGAGCCGGAGCUCCAAAAUUACAGCAAUCAAGAACAAAUUGAAGGCUCUGGAGGAGGAGGGCUACAGCGCCAAGAAGCAGAAGCAAGAAGCCGACACAUCUUUGCAAUAAGAAUGUUGCUUCCAUCGAUAAAUCUGCUCAAUUCCAAGUUGUAAUCUUCCUACACUUGGCCCGGUUGAACAUAAUAGUGACAGUACAGUUGAUUCAGUUUGGGAUUUACAAAACUAUCCCAGCUUUUGGAGUUAUUUUACUGAUUCAGCGGGUAUUCUUUGCAGUGUUGGGGGGUAGCGGGAGCGUAUGGAAUGUCAUCAACACCGCGCCUGGUAUCUUUUUCCUUGCUCUAGUUCAAGUAACCCUCCAUCUUGCCAUGGUACUUGGAUUGGGAAGGCUACUUCGGUUAGUUCAAAUAAUCGUCCAAUGUCGGAGGGCCAACGACAGCAGCGGAAUGGCGAGGUCCAAAGGAUGGGAUUCGUUGGUUGUUCCUGCAAUCCUUGCGGGCAAUUUUGGAGUUGCCAUUGCAACACUUCUUGGCAGUGGUUUUGGAAUGAUAGUCCUCAGACACUUGCAGAAAAUUUGGUUUACAUAUUAUUACUGUGUCAUCUCGGCAUUAGGGCGAGCUUUGGCACCAUAAAAAGGUUACUCUUUUGUGAUUAAAAGGUUACAUAUUUGAAUCCUAGAA